CUUAUCAAAACGAAGGUCGCAAAGUGAAAAAUCGGUGUGAAAAUUCAGUGUUGGUGUAGCAGGAGGAGUUGAGUGAAAUUUCCGAUUCCAAACCGUGGAAGACCGCGUUGCUGGCCAGGUGCUUGCAGGAAUAGUAGGUGGAACACGAUGGAACCACCGGCAUUUCAUCCGUGCGACGAAGCCGUCAUCUCUACGAAUGACGAUGCCAGCAACUGCAAACGAUCGGCCGUCAAGCUCGGCUACUGGAAGGACGAAUUCCUGAGCUAUUUUGUUCGUAGCCCGGACCGCAAGGCACCGGAAAUAAACCGAGGCUACUAUGCGCGGGUCAAGGGUAUCGAGAUGUGCAUCGAGAAAUUUUUCAAGAAAACAGGUGACAAGUGCCAAAUCAUAAAUUUAGGCUGUGGAUUCGACACUCUUUACUGGAGACUGCGAGAAUCCGGUCACAUGAUUUCCAAUUUCGUCGAGCUGGACUUCCCCACGGUGACCGCGAAGAAAUGCUACAUGAUUAAGCGAAAUAAAAUCCUGCUGGAGAAAAUUCACGCCGAAGACGGAGAAGUCCGCUUGAGCCCAACCGAUUUGCACUCCACCAAUUAUCACAUAGCCGGAGUAGAUUUGCGUAACAUCGACGAGGUGGCCAUCAAACUGCAACAAUCCGAGGUUGACUUCAGUAUUCCGACAAUCUUCUUGGCCGAGUGUGUGUUGGUGUACAUCGAGCUGCAGAACAGCAGCAAUCUACUGAAGUGGUUCGCAUCUAACUUCAAAUCGGCCGUGUUUGUGAAUUACGAACAGGUCAACAUGAACGACCGUUUCGGGGAGGUGAUGCUGAACAAUCUGAGACAGCGAGGCUGCAGUCUGGCCGGCGUAGAGGCUUGCGUGUCGUUGGAAACACAGAUUUCAAGGUUUUUGAACUGCAACUGGCACGGUGCGCGGGCGUGGGAUAUGGUGCAAAUCUACCACAGCAUACCGGCGGCCGAUCGGGCCCGCAUCGAACGUAUCGAAAUGCUAGACGAGGCUGAACUGUUGAUGCAACUUUUCCAGCACUACUGUAUCUCGGUGGCCUGGAUCGGCGAACUGUUCCAGGAUAUCGAAAUCACUGUUGAGAAACGGCUGUCAUCAUUGAACAUUGACUAAUUCAAACAAGAGGGCAACUUUUGCUGCCACCUUAUUCGUCGUGUUAGCAGACGUUUAACUUUUUCAAUAUUUAUUUUCUGCAUGGCACUACUUAGUUCAUUUUUUUUUUCAUCGUUCGAAUGAUAGUUUAAGGCAAAUAUGAUCAGUCAGUUUCAUCGUGACUCGUGAAAUAUAGAAAGUAUGUCUUUUGAAAUUUGGUUUCCCUUUGUUUUGUCAUUCGUGUCUGAAUUGUAAGCGUUCGAUACCAAAAGUUUUUCAGUUGUACCUCUAUUGCUUACACCGUUGCAUACGAAACAAAUAAAAAAUGUCAGCUUUCAAAAUAUUGUGCAAGACAGAAUCGAAAACUUAAUCUUAAGUGUUCCAUUCAAAACUAUUUAUCGAUGUUGUGUGAUGUUCUUACAACAGCAACCAAAAUCAAAUCAAAUACAUACGGUCAAAGCAUAGAAAACCUACACCAGUAGAAAGACGGUACUUAUACAAAAACACAUUAAAUGGUAUCCACAAUAGCUCUCAAAGUUCGAAAACCGUUGUCGUUUUGGGAACUGUCUGAUUUUAGAUAGAUUUUAACAAAUUUAUUAAACCGCAAAUUUGUAGUCACCGGAGAUUUGCGUUCGGCAUAUUCACCAGUUUGAAUGGGUCAGUCUAGCACCGAAGUAGUCAUCUAGCGAAUUAGUUUUGUUUUUCACAUUUCCAUUCAAUGUCAUCCAAUGCCAACGCAUGACUGGAGAACACGGUAUGGAGAGGAUGUUUCAUCAUAUAUAAUGUGUAUCGUUUUACCUAGAAUUUCAGACCGAAACAUGUUGCUCUAAUCGUAAGUAAUGGAAAAUAAAAUCGUGAAACAAAUGUA